AUGGAACAGAUCCAGGAGGCCAUCGAGAAGCUCCAGCAGAGAGGCUACAAAGUGCGGACGCGAGUUUUUGCAGCCCCUGGUUUCGAUCUGACUAAGACGUGGGCCUCCUUUUUUAAGAGGAAGGAGGUGCGGUUCCAGCCGGUGGAAAGAAAUCCCAAGAAUCGUGGGGAGGCCAAUGAUGAGGCCAUUGUCAGGGCUUGCAAGAAGCUAGCUGCAUCCAAGAAGAACAGGUGCAUUGUGCUACUGGCAUCAGAUUGCGGAUUCUUGGAUGUCCUGCAAGAAGCUGCAGAAGAAGGUGCAUCGGUUCGCUUGUGCACCUCGGCUAGAAACCUAGCAGUCAUAAGCCGUUUUCGACAGCGCGGUGUUCGCGUCAUUGAGUUGGUAUCCCAAACCAGCAGUUUCAGCGCAGUCAGAGCUAUUCUGAAUGCAGAUGGAAGUGGGCACGUCGAGCUGACAAAGCCAUUCAAGUAUGACGCCAGUGAAGAUCGAGAGCUGUGUAGCAACUUCUUGCAUGACUUGGGAUACCUGCCUGAAAGCGGCGCAAGGCUAACGCAGAGCACGGCGAAGUUCUGGUUUGCUAACUCGUUGGGGUCGCUCGUGGUAUUUCCACAGCAGUUCGCCACACAAAAAGUCUGUAGCGCGGCUUCAGGGCGGAGACGAUGGCAGAGGUACCGAGACGACUUAGUACUCUUGCUUCCGCUGGCUUCGCGACGGAGACUCUCACAGAAGCAGCAAAACAUCUAUGGAACCUCCCUCGGCUGGCAGUUGUAUCGCGGGGGUGGCCCGGUGAUGCUCAAAGAUUCGAAAAAUCUGGUCCGGCGUGCAUUCACAAAGCUGGGGUAUUUAGACGCAUGUUUGAACACCGACAUGGAGGAAGCAGCUUUGCUUUUUGUCAAUGCACAUGACAACACCUACAAGCUCCGGAAGGUUCUGGAUUUAUUGCCGUCUGAAGGAGACACUGUUGCAGAAGUCAUUGACAAACUACGCUGUGCUUUCAGGUCGAAUUUGACCGACGCGCGCUGGAGAGUUGCACCCCGCGACAGCUCGAUCCGGCGGCUCCUCUACAAGCAAGGUUUUCUCUCCAAUGUCAACGUCGCGGCCGAAGACGUGCUCGCUGCGAUGUCCGAGUACAGCCGGCAGCACGGCUUGCCCACAAUGCGAAGCUACAAUGGAUAUGUUUUUCGAAUAUUGCAGUAUCUUGACUCCGCCCCCAGCACCACCAGCUUGAUUGAAAUCAGCAGGUAG